AUGUUUACAUCUUUGAGCCGUAGAUCUCGAGAUCUUUUGUCAUUUGGGUCUAAUACUUUGUCUGAUUCUUUAUUGGUUGUUAACAAACCCUCGUCUUCCCGAAAGCGACAAAAACGUGAAUUAAACACUACUAAGGUUGAGUGUGAACUUUUACCUGCUAUUCAAAAUUUUCUUGCCAAGGUUAAAGCUGAAGCAAACAAAGGCCUAGAAGAUUGUACUUCAUCUUCUCAAGGGUCAACCUCUUCUUCGGGUUCAUCAGCAGCAUCAACAUCUACUGCCUCAUCUUCAAUCAUACCCUCAGGUUCAUCUUUCCAUUCAGCCUCGACUCAUACAACUACAUCAUCUUCAUCGGGUUCAGAGGAAACUACUUCAUCCUCCGAAGAAGAAUCAAGUCAACAAGUUGAAUUAAACGUUCUAUUCUAUAAACGUGAUCAUAAUUCCUCCGAUUCGAGUAGUAGUUCCUCUUCUGAAAGUGAUUCUGACACUGAUUGA